CGCAGGCCCCAGCCGGCGUCCAACUUCACUGGUGUACGCUCGGCCACGCAGUUCGGCAACGCCUGCCCCCAGCAGGUGCAACUCGCUCCUGGCGCCGAGUUCCCUCAGUCCCAGGAGUUGAUCGGCGUCCAGGAGACGAUCGCCCAGCUCAUGCCGUCCUCCAACACCACCCAGUCCGAGGACUGCCUCUACAUGAACGUUGUCCGCCCCGAGGGUACACAGGCUAACGCUUCCCUCCCCGUCGUUGUGUGGAUUUAUGGCGGUGCCUUCGAGACUGGCGACGCCUCCGCGUACAACGGAGUCCCUGUCGUUCAACGCUCUAACGCUCUUGGCUCCGAUGUCAUCUACGUCUCCUUCAACUACCGCGUCAACGCUUUCGGUUUCUUGGCUGGCAAGGAGAUCAAGGAGGCUGGUGUCGCUAACCUGGGUCUCCACGACCAGCGCCUCGCGCUCCAAUGGGUCCAGGAUAACAUCGCCGCUUUCGGUGGUGACCCGUCCCGCGUUGUUGCCUGGGGCCAGAGUGCCGGCGCCAUCUCAAUCUGGAUGCAGAUGCUCGCCAACGACGGUCAGCUCAACGGCCUGUUCAGCGGUGCUGUCACCCAGUCCGGCUUUACCGAGGCGUUCCACGACAUCUCGGAGCAGCAGCCCGUGUACGACCAGAUCGUGUCGCUGACGAACUGCACCAACCCUCCUCAGGGCAACACUACGCUCGACUGCAUUCGUGCUGUUGACUACCAGACUCUCGUGAAUGCUGUCAACCAAGUUCCACCUCUCCUGUCGUACCAGUCCCUCGACACCUCGUUCCGUCCUACCAUCGAUGGCGACCUCUUCACCCGCACCCUCCGUGAUUCGAUGAACGGCGACCUUUACGCCAAGGUCCCCAUCAUCGGUGGCGACGUCGACGACGAGGGCACCUUGUUCUCGCUCCUCAACGCCAACGUUACCACGGACCAGGACUUCCUCAGCUACGUCCAGACCAACUACAUGCCCCAGGCCAACGAGACGCAGAUGGAGGUCCUCGGUGACGCCUAUAGCUCUGAGCCCGAUCUCGGGUCGCCGUUCAACACUGGUACCAACAACACCCUGACGCCGCAGUACAAGCGCAUCUCCGCUGUCCAGGGUGACCUGUACUUCCAGAUGCCCCGCCGCUUCGCGUUGACGAUCGCGUCCAAGACGCAGAAGGUGUGGUCGUACCUCUACCGCGCGAACAAGUACUCCGCCCUCGGCACGUUCCACGAGUCCGACCUGCAGGAGUUCUACGAGCUCACCGAGUCGCCGUCGUUCGUCGGCACGGACAUGCUCGUCAACUUCGCGUACAACCUCGACCCGAACGUGCCCGCUGGCGGCUACAAGGGCUCGCCGCAGCCGGCGAGCGGGCUCGUGAACGUGACCUGGCCGACGUACAACUCGAACGAGAACGGCACGCUGCUCACGUUCGAGCCCGAGGGUCAGCUCAACUUCACGCAGGACAACUACCGCCAGAAGGAGUUCAUCCUCCUCAACGAGCUCUCCGACGCUUUCGGCUGGUAAGCGCGCCCCGCGCUAGCCGCGUUGCCGCUCGCCUCCCGACCCGCCUCGUGCUCCCAUUUCGAGCUCUUUGCUGAGUUUUCGAACGGAGUCGCGUUGACGGACGGAUGAACACACUGCCUGGCUGGACCGGUGGACGACGGAUGUACGAGGGGCGCUGGACUCGACUCUCCCGUUUCCAUUUCAUGACCACAACCCCCGAAACGCUCCUGACAUCACGGCACUGGUCUGCCUGCGCCACGGACACCGACUGGGCAUGCUGCUAAGGGCCCGCUGCACCGUGCGGCGGACGCCCGGGGCACUGUGGCGCGCGCACCGCCGACGCUCGCAUCCGUGAUGCAGCGUCGACGGCCGCGUGCCACAUGCUUUUGUAUGUCACGACAACAUAGCAGUAUCUCGUUCGCUCAUGACCACGAUAUCUACACUUCGUCUGUUCACUCACCGGUUGAGAGGGCGCGGUUUCAUACUUUUUUUGGACACUCAGCUUACCUUCCAGACCGACCCCACGCCCGGGGCUUGAUGCUCGCGGGCGUGGAACAUACUCCCGCACGAAACUAGUUACUC